CACUUUUUUUUUCUUUACAUUGCCUGCAGUCCCAACAGUUUGCGUUUCGCUACGACGCUAGACAUCCAUUCAGCAUGUAUAGAAGUAUCAGCUUCCUGCUGCAAUCGGGCGCUCUUUGAAAACAGUCAACAGGAAUACGCAGGCGCACGGCGAAGGUGAAGCAACCCCUAUCAAUCCGUAUCAACGUCGUUCCAUGCCAACAGAAUGUGUCGGGAGUGACGGCAAGAAGCGGCCGUAAGGCGGCGGACGAGACUAUCUGCCACGCGCUCCCGUGUUUCCCGUCAUAAAGCUCACGAUACUACGUCGUAAAACGCACGGCUUGAUUCGGAGUGUUUGCGCUUCAGGAGAAAACAUGACAUAUGUAAAGCACAUAAGUGGAUUUUCGAAUGCGAUGGAUUGGCGUCCUGUUGAGUUUGUGGACCUUCUUCCCGCUCGGUGCUGUUCUUUAUGCAACGUGGUGCCCAAAGAGACGUUUAUCCUGGAAUGUUCCCACGCGCUCUGUAACCAGUGCUACCAAGCGGUUCUGCAAGGUAACCGACAGUGUCCCUUAGACGGCGGGACAAUUCAAGAGGAAGAAGUGCAAGAAUUUACCUUCAAACCGAGUCAUCUUAAAAAACAGAAACUCCGCUGCUGCAAUUCCGGCCACGGGUGCGACUUUGUUGGGAAUUUAGAAGAUAUCACGACUCACUUUUUGAACGACUGCGAAUUCCAUGUCGUGUCGUGUAACAGAUGCCAUGCUACAGUGCAACGUCGUGAUAUUGUCAGUCAUUGCAGUGAACAACGAUGCCAGACUGCAAGUUCUUCAGUCGAGGGAAGUCAAGUGAGUACGGACAAGAACAACAUUGAGACCAAGAUCGAUGAAUCGUUAGAAACUGUCAUGCAGAGACUGUGCGCGAUUGACACGCAGGUUAACAAUCAUACUAUUGGCAUUGAUGGUGCAAAGCUGGUGUUAGAUAAAGUGCUAGAGCAACAAGGCCGAACAGCAGCGCAUAUGACGCACGUAGCCGCAGGUAUCAUGUCCUUGCAGAGAAACUGUACUGAGCUUCAAGUAGCCUCGCACUCCAGCACGCAGAAAAUUGAAGAAUUCGUCGAGCGUUUCUUUCGAAUGGAUAAUAAGCUAGACGCAGUAAAGUAUAUUGUGAAGUUUGGAACAAAUGAGGUAUGGUGUCAUUUUCGAGAUUUCGAAAUGUUUAUUCGUGAAGGUGAGUCGAAGGAGGAGGCUUGUCGUUCUACGGAUGCUUUCCUGCUGUGCGGGUAUUCUGCGAAGCUAAACAUGAUGCUGCAACAUCAGUGUGAUGGCAUGUACCUAGGGCUGUAUCUCAGUAUCGGUGAAAGCUCGAAUGAUCUAUUAAAAUGGCCACUUUUGAACCCUCACUAUUACAUUCUGCUACAUCCUAGUGACAGGCUGAAGAGCAUUGAAAAAAGUUAUGAUUACACAGAAGACUACCGAAGUUCCGGAGUUCCAGUUAAUAGGAUGAGGCCGACCUCCACGGCAAACCCUGCUUUUGGUGAUCUGGAGUUCUGUAGACUCGGCGAAAUCAGAGAUGGUGGCUUUAUAGUUGACGACGCUGUUUGUAUCGGUGUUGUCUUAGGAGUUCACGUCUAAGUCUGCUCCAAAUUCUAUUGCAUAUACAGGAUGUUUCACCUAAAGUGAUAAAAAACACAAAUUGGCGACGUACUUCCCGGAGGAUUGUGUGACUUUCGGCAAGUACCUUCUGGAAUCCCUUGGAAGGGUCUAGACAAUUUUUCAUUGAGGGAAAUUUAUUUUUGAACGAACUUCGAAAAUUGCCAAGCCAACCUCUUGUUUUUUUUACAGAAAUAUGAAGUCCUCCACGGAUACACUCUAAGAACUGAACUUCACUG